AUGGCCUUCACUGGUUAUGUUUUUAAAAAUAAGGAACAUAUUAGACCUUUUUUGGAAAAUGCAGAGACAGGACCUACGGUCCAAUGGGCCAAAGAACAAGGAAGUCCUGAUAAAUAUUAUAAUAGUAUAUGUUUCGUUGGUCCUGAUGGAGAACUAAUAGAAACAUAUUCCAAGACGUUUUUAUUCAUGACGGAUGAAAAUUGGGCAGAUGAAGGACCAGGGUUUAAGUCGAUAAAUGCGCCUGGUUUGGGAAAGGUUGGAUUUGGUAUAUGCAUGGAUAUUAAUCCAUAUAAAUUUAUGGCUCCGUUCGAUGCCUAUGAAUUCGCAAAUUUUCAUCUUCAUCAAAAAACCGAUAUCAUACUCUGUUCGAUGGCGUGGUUGGCAUCGGGUGAAAAAUCUAGUGAUCAUUAUAAAGAUACUGAAGUUCCUGAUGCCUCAAAUAUUGACUACUGGUGUGAAAGGUUAUUACCUUUGACUAGUGCACUCAAUCCGAAGACAGCAACGAAUCGUAACGUUUUGUUCGUUGUGUGUAAUCGUACUGGGACAGAGAAUGGUUUAAGUUUUUGCGGUAGUAGUAGCAUUAUGCUUAUAUCACCUCAAGGUUCAAUUCGCAUAUUGGGUUCAUUGGGGAAGCACCAAGAAGAUAUUAUG